AUUUUAUCACUAAGGACAUGGGAAAGCCAAAGUAUUUUCUUAGGAUUGAAGUUGCAUAUAAAAAAUAUGGCCUGUUGUUGUCCCAAAGGAAGUAUGUGCUAGAUUUACUAGAAAAAACAGGUCUUUUAGAAUGCAAAUAUGCAAACACUCCAAUGGAGGCAAAUGCUGAUUUGUGGCUUGACGAUACCUCUCUCCUAGAUGAUGUUGGACGAUAUAGGAGACUGAUUGGGAAACUAAUAUAUUUGACAGUUACCAGACCUGAUAUUACUUUUACAGUAGGUGUACUGAACAGGUUUAUGCACAAACCUAGAGAGGUUCAUUGGACAGCAGCUCUGAAGAUUUUGGCAUAUGUCAAGAGUUGUCCUGGCAAGGGAUUGUUAUAUAAGAAGCAUGGGCAUACUCACAUUUCGGCUUUCUCUUAUGCUGGCUACGCAGGAGACAUGGGAGAUCGGAAGUCAACCUCAGGAUUUUGUACUUUUAUUGGAGGUAAUCUUGUGACUUGGAGAAGCAAGAAACAAGAUGUAGUAUCACGAUCUAGUGCAGAGGCCGAAUAUAGAGCAAUGGCUCACACUGCUUGUGAGAUGGUGUGGCUAAGAAAGUUUAUGACAGAACUUGGUUUUGUUCAGCCUGGACCAAUACCAAUGCAUUGUGACAACCAGUCUGUCAUUUAUAUUGCACAGAAUCCUGUGUUUCAUGAAAGGACAAAAUAUAUUAAAGUUGACUGUAAUUUUGUCAGAGAUGCUUGGGAGAAGAAGAUAGUAUCUCUCAUAUUCACUCCGUCCUCACAACAAUUUGUUGAUAUUCUUACCAAGGCUACUUUUUCAAAGAUGUUCUUUACUAUAUGUGACAAGCUGGGCAUGGUAGACAUAUAUGCUCCAACUUGAGGGGGAGUGUUAAGUUAAG